UGCAGCCCGAGCCGCAUGACGCGCGGAGGAGGCAGCGGGAGCCACCGGAGCCGCAGGAGCCGGGAUCAGGGCGCCGCGCGCGAGGGGUGGGCGCCGCUCGCUCCGCCCCGCGAAGCCCCUGCGCGCCCAGGGACGCAUCCCCCCCGCGGCAGCCGCGCCGGGCUCCGCCGUGUGGCCGCCGCCGCCGCCGCCGCUGCCAUGUCCCCGGGGAAGCCCGGGGCGGGCGGAGCGGGGACGAGGCGGACCGGCUGGAGGAGGAGGAGGCGGAGGCGGAGGCCGGAGGCGGCGACAAGGGCGCCGGAGCUUGGGCGCACGGCGGGGCCCGACUCGCGCGUCCCGGGCACGUUCCAGGGCGCGCGGGGCAUGAAGCCGGCGGCGCGGGAGGCGCGGCCGCCUCCGCACUCGCUGGGGCUGCGCUGGGCGCUGCCGCCGCUGCUGCUGCUGUUGCGCCUGGGCCAGAUCGUGUGCGAAGGUAACUGCUCCAACUGUGAGUUGUCUACAACCAAGGCACAAGAAAACUUUCCAGUAACAAGUGUAACCAAUUCGAGUGGCCAGAUUCAGCAGUUUUCCCCGGCAGACAGUGAUGGGAACACUUCAGUUUUGGGAGUGACUUCUGGGAAGCAACCUUAUUUCACCUUUUCAGAAUCCAGUCCUCUGGAAGCUGUUAUCAUCAGUACAACCCACGUGACCCCAACCUGGAAAAACGAUGCAACUGCUUCUGAUUACACACAUGGAGUCAAGAGUGGGACAGAAAAUGGGCAGAUAAGUCUUUCAAAUCAAACAAGUGGUGUCAGCACAGACUCAACUCCGGAAAUAGUCAGUGGGACUUCAGGAAAUGCCACAACAAAGCCGAGUCAAACUUUUGGUCUUCGUGUUGCCUUCGUGAAUGUGACGCAAGUUGUUCUUACCUGGGAGAAUGAUAACAUCAUUGCCACCUACUGGAUGCUCCUUGAAGACGUUGGAAGCCAGGAGUUGGUCAAUAUAACAGACCUGAAGCCAAGGUGUCAAUACGAGGUCACCCCGUAUUUUUCAGAAUCAAAUGAGACACAGAGAAAUGCCCUGGUUACAGAAAAUGGCUUAGACGCCAGCAACGCGGACAGCCGGUCCCAGCCACCCAGGAUCCUCACUCCCCAGUGCAAAUACCCACCCGAAUCUGCAGACCAGUCCUCUGACCCUUCUCUGACCCAAGUCCAGCUUUUGGGGUUAAAGUCUGACACACUGUACAAGGCCACUGUUUAUCCUCAAGCAGAAGACGGCACCGAAGGACAGCCCCAGUCCACAGAGUUCAAAAUAAAGUCUAUCCGGGUAUUUGACCUUCAAGUCGUGAACAUCAGUGCCACAAGCUUGACCCUGACCUGGAAGAUCAGUGAUAAUGAGUCAUCCUCUGUCUACUCCUACAAGAUACAAGUUGCUGGCAGGACCGAUUCCUUCAAUCUCACUGUCAGUGAAACUCAUGCUGUCAUCACUGCACUCAGCUCCAGCACCUUAUACAACAUCACUGUGUGGCCUUUGCUCAGUGACGGAUCUGAGGGCACUCCAGGCUUUCUCCAAGUGUACACCCACCCUAGUCCAGUUUUUGACUUUCGAGUGACAAAUGUCAGCACAAGGGAAGUUGGCUUAGCAUGGAGCAGCAAUGACUCUAAUUCCUUUGAGAUAUCUGCCACUCGCAAUGGAACUGGAAAACCUCAGGUGGAGACAACUACCAACCAGAGUAUUGUCAUUGGUGGCUUAGACCCUGGGACCAAGUACCGUUUUGACAUAGUGCCAGAAGGACCAAAUGGGACUAAAGGGGAAUCCCGGACAGUUUACAGUAGAACUGACUCCAGUGCAGUGUUUGACAUCCGUGUGGUCAGUGUCAGCACGACUGGCAUGCAGCUGGAGUGGAGGAAUACAGACAAUGCUUCUGAUUACGUCUACCGUGUAAUUAUAAAGUCAGAGCAUGGCUCUAACUGGACAAACAGUUCUUACGAAGGGAUCACGCUCAGGGACCUGAUCCCGGGCACCUUCUAUAACAUCACCAUCUUCCCAGUAGUGGACCAUGUCCAGGGGAUCUCCAGCUCCACUGCACAGUACACACGGCCCAGUGAUGUGUUCAACAUUAAAAUAAGUACCAACACCACAGCAGCAACCUUAAGGUGGCAGAACUCUGAUGAAGCCUCUUCCAGGUACACCUACCGCCUUCUAAUUAAUCAGGAUGGAAAUUCCGGCAACACAACGCAAAUAGUCACGGGCCUCGGCAUCACCAGUGCUACGGUCACCGAAUUGACACCUGGCUCCUCAUACACAGUAGAGAUCUUCACACAGGUGGGGGAUGUCACCGAGUCACUGGCACCUGGCUGGCAGUCAUUCUGUACAGAUCCUGCACCAGUAGCCUCCUUCCACUGUGAAGUGGUCCCCAAAAAGCCAACUUUAGUCCUCAAGUGGAACUGCCCUGUCGGCACCAACACAGGCUUCAAGGUGAAGGUCAGCAGUGGAGACUGGAAGAAUCUGACGUCCCUGGAGAGCUGCUCUUCGGAGAACAGCUCUGAGUACAGGACGGAGGUCACAUACUUGAAUUUUUCUACCGUGUACAACAUCAGCGUCUUUGCCUUGUCCUGUAACAAGACGACACUGCCCGCCCAAAACACCUGCCUCACUGGCAUCACAGACCCCCCUUCUCCAGAUGGGUCCCCUAAUAUUACGUCUAUCAGUCACAAUUCGGUGAAGGUCAAAUUCAGCGAAUUUGAAGCCAGCCACGGACCCAUCAAAGCCUAUGCUCUCAUUCUCACCACCGGCAAAGACAUUUGGCCAUCAGAAGAUGUCUUGAGAUAUACAUACGAAGACUUCAAAAAGGGGGCCUCGGAUACGUAUGUGACUUACCUCAUCACGACAGAGGAGAAGAGGCGUUCUCAGGGCUUGUCCGGAGCCUUGAAAUACGAAGUCAACGUUGGGAAUGAGUCCACCACGCACGGCUACUACAACGGGAAACUGGAGCCUCUGGGCUCCUAUCGGGCUUCUGUGGCUGGCUUCACCAAUAUUACCUUCAACCCUCAUGGUGACGGACUCAUCGAUGGGGCCGAGAGCUAUGUGUCCUUCAGUCGCUAUUCAGAUGCUGUUUUCUUGCCCCAGGAUCCAGGUGUCAUCUGCGGAGCAGUUUUUGGCUGCAUCUUUGGUGCCUUGGUCAUUGUGGCUGUGGGCGGCUUCAUCUUCUGGAGAAAGAAAAGGAAAGAUGCAAAGAACAAUGACGUGUCCUUUUCUCAGAUUAAACCUAAAAAAUCCAAGUUAAUCAAAGUGGAGAAUUUCGAGGCCUACUUUAAGAAACAGCAAGCCGACUCCAACUGUGGGUUUGCAGAAGAAUACGAAGAUCUGAAGCAUGUUGGAAUCAGUCUACCUAAAUUUGCAGCUGAACUGGCUGAGAACAGGGGAAAGAAUCGCUAUAAUAACGUUCUGCCCUAUGACAUUUCCCGUGUCAGACUUUCAGUCCAGACCCAUUCAGCUGACGACUACAUCAACGCCAACUACAUGCCUGGCUACCAUUCCAAGAAAGAUUUUAUUGCCACGCAAGGACCUUUACCCAACACUUUGAAAGAUUUUUGGCGUAUGGUUUGGGAGAAAAAUGUCUACGCCAUUGUCAUGUUGACCAAAUGUGUGGAACAGGGAAGGACCAAAUGUGAGGAGUACUGGCCCUCCAAGCAGGCUCAGGACUACGGGGACAUAACUGUGGCAAUGACGUCAGAAAUUGUCCUUCCAGAAUGGACCAUCAGAGACUUCACGGUGAAAAAUAUCCAGACAAGUGAGAGUCACCCUCUGCGUCAGUUCCAUUUCACCUCCUGGCCUGACCACGGUGUUCCCGACACCACUGACCUGCUCAUCAACUUUCGGUACCUUGUUCGUGACUACAUGAAGCAGAGCCCUCCUGAGUCACCAGUCCUGGUGCAUUGCAGUGCUGGGGUCGGGAGGACGGGCACGUUCAUUGCCAUCGACCGUCUCAUCUACCAGAUCGAGAAUGAGAACACCGUGGACGUGUAUGGGAUUGUGUACGACCUUCGGAUGCACAGGCCUUUAAUGGUGCAGACAGAGGACCAGUAUGUUUUCCUCAAUCAGUGUGUUUUGGAUAUUAUCAGAUCCCAGAAGGACUCAAAAGUGGAUCUCAUCUACCAGAACACGACCGCAAUGACAAUCUAUGAAAACCUCGCACCAGUGACCGCAUUUGGAAAGACAAACGGUUACAUUGCCUAAUUCCAAAGGAAAAACCUUUCUGGAGUUUAACCAGACCAUCACACCCGCAGCGAAGGGAAAUGCCCCGAUGUUGACGUGUUUCUCUAUGUCUAAUAUCCUAAUUCUUUGUUCUGUUUCGUUAGAACUAACUUGAAAGUGUGACGCUGCGCAUGUCAAACACGACCGAUGAGCAGUUGGGGCUGUCGGGCUGUAAAUGGGUGGCGAGCGAAUCAUCUACAUUCCUGAUUACCGACAGGAUGGGUUCACUUUUGUUUUUGUUUCUGUUUUUGUUUUCUUGAGAAUUACAGAACACCAGGAAAAGUGAGCUAUGAUUUUCUUUUUUCUUUUCCAAGACAUUUUUUUUUUAAAAGACUAUUUUAUAUGAUUCACACGCUAAAGCCAGGAUUGUGUUGGGUUGAAUAUAUUUUAAGUAUCAGAGGUCUAUUUUUACCUACUGUAUCUUGGAGUCUAGCUGGUGGAAAAUUACGUAAUUGUGGAUGCUUAUCAUGGAGGGAGGGGUACCCGGUGCCUCCUCUGCCUGGGUUUUCUAUUUGAACAUGUGCCUUUUCUGAAUUGUGCUUCCACAGGCAAAACUCGGUAGAUAUCUCUAUUUUUGUAUUGAAUCUCAUAAUUGGAACAGGCGGAAUAUUUAAACAGUAGUCUAGUAUCAGAGGUUCAGCCUUCUCAGUAACAUUCCUGUCCUCAUCUAGAGGAGGUCUCCCCACAUAACCCCCCAACUUCCCCAUCCCCUGUUUUGUGUUCUCUUCUUUCUCCCCCUCUCCCCUCCUCUUCUUCCCCAAAGAUGCUUCAGAUGGCCACAUUUUCUGCCCACUGGUUGAGUGCAAGUGGAAACUAAAUAUCCCCCGCCGAGGAAUUUCUGUGGGGGGACACAGAGGAACCCCAUGGUGACACAAUAAUCUUUUGUCAUCCCCGCUCCACCUUUUUUCUCAUUUCUGUGUUUGGUAAGAAGGAUUAUUUAAAGGUGCAAUAUGUGACUUAGUGAUUCAUGAGGCUCUCUUGGUAGGUAGUCACGUUUUACUCAGGUUGGCAUUUUAUGUGUCUCUGUGUGUCCAUGUGCGUAGCGUGUGUGUGUGUUUUAAAAGCGUGGCAAUCUGUGAACACUUGCGUGUGAAAACAGUGUCAGAUUAAUCCCUCUUUCCUCAAAGUCUACUGGCUUUAGUCUGUAUUUGCAAUGACACAUAUCCGUAUCUACUGUAUAUAUAUAUAUAUAUAUACAUAUAUAUAUAUACACUAAACUCUUAAAACAGUCAUUCCUUUGAAAUGAGGUGUACAAAGUUCGAAUUUGUAUCAAAGAUGUAAUUUUUAUUUUUAAAACCUCUUUUCACUCUACUGCUGCUGUAAUUACUUUGAUUUUAAAAAAAAAAAACCUGUAGAUUAAUUGUGUUUUUUGGCUUUCAGGUGUGUCUCUACCAAGAAUUUCUGAAUUUAUGUGGAUUUAUUUUAUUGGUACAUAAUCUGUAAACUUCUCAAGGCAUUAACAUGACAGGAUUUGUUUCUUUUUAUUUUAUACUGUGGCUCAGGUUCUAUUUUGAAGAUGUGUUGAGUUUAUCCUCUGAUAGGCAAUGAAGUGUCCAGGUCUUAUGAAGGAAUUACCAGGUCCCCGGAGCUCCGUGGCCAUUUUCCACAGUAGUAGAUCCUGCUGUAAACUUAGGACAGUGUGUCCUACUGGAAAUGGGAGUGGGGUCUCCUCCGAGGGCCCCGGCCACGGUUGGCCUGGGAGAGCCCGUCUCCCGACCCUGCCAUGCUCCUCAGCUCGCCGGCACUUUGAUGACUGACUGGACAGGGAGAAUGAGUAUCUUAGGGUUAUGAAGGAUGAACCACAAUGUAUUGAAGACCCUUGACUUGGCUCAGAGGUUGAGUGCUGUACGCCUCUCAUCUCCCUUUCCCUGUGAGGUACUUAAAGGAAUAAAGGAGAGGUGGUGAUGUUGGUGUCGUGUGUUGGGACAACCUUACUUCCCGAGCAGAAAUUGCACUUUUUGGCUGAAUCCUUUGUUCUCUUGGGUCGUAAGCAGUUCAGUUCAGUAUCGGGCCCUUCAAGGAGUGGGCUGGCGAGGCCAGGCUGGGUCCCCUGGACUCCACUUCAAAGAGGCCUUUGGCUCAGAAGGUCUGAAUCAGGGAAACCAUGCUGUUCCCGGGGUGUGGAGUGAAGCUGGGUUUGGGCGGGUGGCUUCCAAACCGUCAUGCUGGUCUGCCCCUCGCACGCAGAUCUUGGAGAGUUCCCAGACUUCUUCCAGGCAGCAGUUCCAUGGGUCACACCCUUUCCCACUCCAGUUUGUCAGAAAACCAUGGUGAUGGGUGUCUAGCUGUCAAAUCCCACAUGGAUACUAUGCCCUGCCCACGUCAUCAAGUCAGAGGGAAGGACUUGAAAGAUUCCUUUAAAAGAUAAAAGCAACAAUAAUGAUAAACAUAUUGUAUAAAAAUGCAAAAAACAGAGAUCCUCCGCCUUUCCGCCCGGUAUGAGCUUGGGAAGUGAGCAGCAGCGCCACAAGUCGCUCUCCGACGUCACUCUCAGUCCUGGGAGGAAGGCUUGCGGUGCAGAGGUCUGGGUUCCAAAUGGGCAGGUCACACGAAGGUCACCAUGCUUCUCUGCAUCCUGAAGAGGCCUGGGAACGGGCCAAGGCGGGUGGUGAGGGUAUUUAUAGCACAGUGAUUGAAAAGGGAAGAUGAAUGUGUAAAUAUAAAGGACACAUGGGCUGGAGGUUGGUCACAGAAAAGAGGCAGUGCUUUUGAGCUCCUGCCCCAAACCCUCCCAGGAACGAUGACCGAAGACUGGAGGAGGGUGUGAAUGCGCCUGCUCAGUAUCUGACAACCGCGUACAGAGAGCCAGCCAGGGUGGGACUAGUUGGUUUAGGGGAUUUAGUCCCUUGACAUCUUCUCCCAAGAGCAGGGACAUCUUGCCUCCAAAGGUGAAUUUAGUGAUGAUUAGCACCAGGAGGAAAGGAUGCUUGGGUCUGUUCCCUGUGGCCAUAGAAAGACCUCCAGCUAGAUUUUGGCAUAAUUGACUCCCCUGGAUUUGGGCAUCCCCGAGUCAGAAGCUCCUGGGGGUCGGGGGCCAGCUCCGCAGCUGAUUAAUGUCUGCUUUUCAUCUGGGAUGAAAAAGCCUGGUUUUCUGUCAAAAUGCUGGAUUGCACUUGUUGAACUAAACAAGUGUGGGUGACUGGUGUUGACUUGCCUCCAAAGUCCACGCUCUGAGUUCAGGCUACGUGGAGCAGCCGUGUACUCAACAUGCCGUGGCUUCUCCCCGCCUUGGGGGCACCUAUGAAUAGGCUGUGUUGGUGUGGACUCUCAAACUGUAAUUUUCUUGUAACUAUUUUGGAAUGAUGCAUAUUUCUAAUGUUUGUUAUACCUGUACAGAGCAUUGCUGUCGGUCGCUUUUUUUGUUUGUUUGUUUUUUAAGGAAAAAAAAUGGCCUGAAAAAAAUUUUUUUAAAAAGACUUACAAAUACCAAAUAUAAAAAAGUGUCAGCACAUUA